AUGGAUCUGGCUACGAGUUAUGCGGACGACCUGGAGGAGGAUUCGAAGCAAUUCCAUCGCGACAACAAUCGGCAGAUUGCAUCGAAUCGUGGCUCGACGGCUCAACGCUUGCCGACGUGGAAGGAGCGGGAGAAUAACAAACGAAGGGAGAGGAGACGACGCGCCAUAGCAGCAAAGAUCUUCACCGGGCUGCGCACCUACGGAAACUACGAUUUGCCGAAACAUUGCGACAACAACGAGGUGCUCAAGGCAGUGUGCAAAGAGGCCGGCUGGAUUGUCGAGGAGGACGGCACGACUUACCGAAAGGGUCAGCCUCGACCCCAGCAGCCCGAGCCGUCAGCAGGAAUCGACUCCGCGUACCCUACGGACAGCGCUGUGCAUCCGUACCCCUCGUCGAAUGUCAACGGCCUCGAUAGUCCCGACUACGACCAUCCAGCGUCUAAUGCGGGAAGCACCGACCACGGCCGCGGCCCUGUGAACGGCGUUGGCGUCACGAUGCAUUGUCGAGAUGCCGGACUGGCUGCCGUUGGCACCGCCGCCGCCGCCGCUCCGAUCGUUGAAAAUAGACCUGCGCCCGGAGGAGGAAGCUCGAGUGGAACUAUCCAGACUGGCGGAACUGCGUUGGCUGGUGGAGCGGCAGCGCCGCCAGCAGCGGAGCUGCUGAAGCUCAUGUCCGCGCUCGCCGCUUUCCCCGCGGCGGCGGCGCAGCUGGGCGCAGCGCUGAACUCUUCCGCCGCGUCCCUUGCGGCCGUUGCGUCGUCGCUCGGCCUCCCUCCGUCGUUCGCCUCGUCGUCGGACGUGCAGCAGGUGCUGAUGUUGCUCGCUAAAGGAGGUGCUAAUAACGGGGAUCAGUCGCUGCCUGGUAAUCGACCGCCUGCUCCCGCUUCUUCCGCCGUGCCGUCGGAUCUCUACUCUCUGCUGCAGUCGAGUGGCAACUUCAGCGGCGGCCCACACAACAGCAUCAGCCCACAGUGCGGAAGCGCAACACGUGGCGGGACCCUCGGACCUCAACGAACGGUUGAGUUCAAAUCCGCGGGAGGGGAGGACAGCAAGUUGUUGGCUGGGGUGCGUCGCAUGGCGACAAGCUGGGAUGUAGAGGCUCCCAUGAAGCCUCCGCCUGUAAUGCGCUCAGAUGAUCUAGAGCUCAGUCUUGGCCUCGGGUAA